UUGUAGUAGUUGUAGUAGUAGUAAUAUUGAGGUGGCCGUGAUGAUAGCAACGAAAUAGCGGAAUUGUUUUCUAGAGGUUGUUAGUAUUACUGUGACAGGUUUCAAGAUAUGAUUCAGGUGUUUUUGGUGGCAUAUAUACUGUGAACUUGAUGAAGAAUCAUCUGGCUCACUUGACUAUAGAGAAAUAAUACUACAACAGAGUGUGACUAUGUUGGCUUACAUGGAUAGGACUACUCAUAAUUCCUCAGUAUCAUCAGGAGUGUCUGAGCCUAGAAUGCUGCUUGGAUUCUCUAUAAAUGAUCUUACAAUCCUCAUUGGGGCUGCUAUAGGUGCAGCUGGACUAAUCUUGAUAAUUUUAACUGCAGUUGUAAUUUGGCACUGUUGUAAAUUAAGAGGAAGACCUAACAAAGCUUACUUUUCUCAUUUAGGUCUGGAUAAUUCAACCCCAGAUGAAAGCACAUUAAAGCAAGGAAAUGGGACAAUACUUCAAAGUGAUUCUGUUGUAUUUUUGGGAUCAAAAACAAAUCAAGUGUCUACUCGGGCAGUGGGAAUCAAAAGUGACAUUUGUCAGUCAAUUCUUACUCGUUCUCAAUCCGUUCCACUUAAAGAAGGAAAAGAAGUAUCAAAACCUCACACUGCAAGCAGGCAGUUCCCGAAGCGUAGUAGACCUACCAGCCAACCUGUUCAUUUGCCACAUUCUUUUCAACCAGCAAUGUAUUCACCAAAAAGAACACACUCUGUACACCCACAUAAUUAUCACCGUCAUGUGGAUGAAGCUGAUAUGCCCUUGGCACUUCCCAGUAUACCAGAAGUAGCAUUCAGAAGUUCUGAAAUUCUUCAUGAUGCUCCUCCACAUAUGUUAUACGCUUCUUGCAAUGCUCUGGAUGGACCUUGCAUUUACAGUUCUUUAUAUACUAAUAUUGAUACUAAUUCUACAAUGAAGACUCGCAGUCUACCUUUAUGGGGACGUUCUCGUCCAAGACCUCUUUCAACUGAAGAUGAUCUAAAUGAAUUAUAUGCAAAGGUUAGUUUCAGCAAAAAGCGGAAAAACCGUAUGCAUAGUGACAGUGCUGCUGCAAUAGCUGUUAAUAAAAGUCGUAGUUCAUAUUUAACAAUACCCUUUACUCACAAAGAUACUGAUUCAUUGGUUGACAAUGAAGCAGUUGUUGUAUAUGAUGAACGAACUGCUCUCUAGCAUUUUUAAUCACCAUUAGUAAUCCGUCUCAUUAUUCAUAGCUAUAACUGUUAUUUAAAGCAUUUAUGUUUAAUAUUGAAUGAUUUGUAUACUUUUGUAUAGUCUUAUAGCUUUACCUAACUUUAAUUGCAAAUCAUAAUUGUUGAGAAAAUAUUUUUGAUCAUGCAAUAUGUGUUAACAACAUCAAUAUUGUAUUGCAAUUUAGUGUUCUUACUUACAUAUCUUACUUAAUUGUUCAAAGUUUUUUCUUUCAUUUAAGCAUUUAUUAUUUGUUAAAGUUUUACACUUUUCAGCAGUCCUUGAAAAAAUAAUACAUAAUUUGAAAUCUUUUAUAAUAUUUUCUCUCACAUAUUUUUUUGGUAUGGCAAGCAUUCUGUAACUGUCAUGCAUUUAUGAAAAGGAUUUAUAAAUUUUUUGUAUUAGAGUAGUUUUUUAAAAUAAUAUUUUAUUUCUUUUAACUUCGUUUUGUAUCAUGAUAAUAUUUAUCUUCUGAUGUCUAGUCAUUUACUCCGAGAUAGCAGAAAGUUACAUAAACAGAUCUGUGAUAAUCUAUUUUCGGUGGAUCAGCUAUCAAAAUCUUAAUGUGCUUGGGUCACAUGUUGGUGAUUUUUAAGGUUUUUGGAGAAAACUCUUUUAUAUGUUGGAAAUAUUUACAAGAGAUGGAAAGUUGGAUUUGAAUUAGGAUAAUGUGCAUUAUUUAAGAGCUGUUAUAGGCUUUUAUAAUAAAUUAAUUAUAGUGUUUUGUCUGAAAUGUGUUUUCUCUUCUUGAUGUUUCAAAAUGCUUUUUUGUAGAUAGUGACUGUAAUUUUCAUGUGCUUGAAAACUAAAUAUUCUAUGCAUUUAGAAUGAUAACAUUUCUUGCAUAGGUCUAAAACUUAAUUAUACAGCAGAUUUUAAAUUUUUUGCCUCUACUGUAUUUCUGAUGUGGUGUUACUGUAUUUCUGAUGUGAAGUUUAAAAGUGUUUUGAUAGAUUAUGCUAUUCUGUCAGAAGAAAAAUUGAUAUUCUAUUAAAGUUUAAAGAGUAUCUUUUGCUAAUCUAAGUUUCCUUUUUAUAUAAAAAUGCGUUAUGAAAGUUACAAUAUUUUAAUCUAUAUAUUUGAAGCUGGUGGAAUAUUAUUAUUUUUUCAUUAUGUUCUAGCAUUCAAUUCUGAAAUAAAGUACAUUCUUAAAUAAAAGGGAAAAAAACCCUGUUAAAGUGUUUUGAUUUUAUAAAUUUUGGAAGUGCCUAUAAUGUUUUUAUGAACUUUAUACAUAAUUGUUCGGUAAUAUCAUGGAGACUAUGAUUAAGUGAGAAAAUAAUUUUGUAGCUGUUAUAUCAGCUACUGUUUGGUUUUUAAUGAAGAAAUAAAAACUUUUAUUUUGUAUGUUCUGAAUUUAAUUUUACCAUGAAAUUUGUUUAGUUUAAUGAAAAAUUUAGAGCCAACAUAGAAAUUUAUAUUUAAUGUUUUCAAAUUAAACAGUUUCAAAGCUCUUAUUGAGAAAAGUGCUCAGGUAGUUUGCUGGCUAAGUUCUCUGAACAUUUCUAAUUCUCUCCACCCUCCAGUCUGAUGAUUCCGAACCAGUCAGACAGGUUGCAUGAAAGUUUCCAGAAUCUUUAUCUUAUGCAACAUAUAGUGAUCAAAUUUCCUUUAAAAAAUCUUUUUUCAUUACAGUUCUCCAAUAUAGACAACCUCCUACAUACUUUGUACCAUCAGUUACCUGCUGCAUUGAUUUUAAGAAUUUAUAAAUUCUGCAUAAUUCUUCCGAAAGUUUAGUAUCUGAGAGUUGAAUUUAAAUGUAUGUAUAACUAGAUAUUAAUUUACAUUUUGUCUGUAUUUGAAUUUUGAAGAUCUGCAAAUUUCUUGAAAAAUAUGUUUUCAGGAUCAACCUCAAUCUUGAACUCUUCCAAAAUAGCCAUUUGUUUUUCAAGAGCUGGAAAAGAAACCUAAUUAUCUUACUAAAUGAAAACCUAAAUUAUUAGUAAUCGUGCGCUUAUUGCGAAUAGAGAUGGACAUUUUUAUGUAACAAUUUGAAUGGUGGGGAUUUGAAAUUUACAGACAUUUUUAAUGUACUAUAAGGGAUUUUUUCCUUCCUUCACACAUGCCUUCAUAAUUUAAUUUGAAGCGUUCGACGCAUAUUUGAUAAGGCCAGUUUGAAAGAAUUGUACAUUUUUCACAUCUCCUGCUUCAAAAUAACCUAAUUUCUCUACAAAUGGUGCCUGAACUAAAAAAUGAUGGACAAUUUGUCCCCACCUGGAAGUCCCCUAAUCCCCAGUCAUGGGUUAGGGGAGCAAAGUAUAAGGUUAUUUUCUCCCUCUUUCCAGCAUGCCUUUGUGGUGUAACAGUAGCACACUCGAGGUAUAUUCGAGAGUUCCAUGUUCGAAUCUCGGUGAGGCAUUGCACACUUUUUAUAUCUUCUGCUUCAAAAUAACCUAAUGGCUUUACAUUUUCAUGUAUAUAAACACAGCAUAACAAUAUAUAAAUAAAAUAGUUCUGUAAAUAUUUUACUCUUUUUAAAAAUGAAUAUUUUUGUUGAACCUAAAAUUGCAUAACUUAGGAUUCAGACGUCUUGUAAGACAUCAAUUUGGAACACUAUGUACACAUGAUCACAUCAAAAUUGUUUUUACAUGAAAUAUCUUUAAUAUCUGUCAUUUGCAAUCCAUUCAGAGGUAAACUUGAAGUAUAUUAAAUCUUAUCUUUAUUAAUAAAAUUCAAACAUGGAUUUGAAAUUUUUUGAUUUAUAUAGAAAUAUUUUGAUUAAUUUAAUGAAACCUCCUUUUUUUUUUUUUUUUUUUUUUUUUUUUUUUUUUUUUACACAAUCUGUAGGCUAUUAAGUAUAUUAUUUUGCUUUUAAAUUACUAUCAAAUUUUUAGUAGACAGCAAUGCAAGAUAAAAGUCAUAAAUAGUUUUUUUUUCUAGUUUCAGACACUCUUUUAGCUUGUGAAUGCACGUUUUUUAAUUCUUUAGAACUGUAGCAUUCAUUAUUAAGCUCUGUUAAUCCAAGUAUACUUCUGAACUGCGGAAAAUGAAUCUAUACAUGUAUUGAUGCAAAAUGGAAAUGUAUAUUUCUACACAACAAAUAUACUGGUGGAAAAUGAAGUCCCAAGACCAAGAGGAAUGGAAUGUAAACAAAUCAUUUAUCUAGGUAAUAUAUUUGACUAAUGUUUCAAGGUUAUAAGUUAAAGUACAUGUACAAAAAGAGUCAUUUCAAAUGUGAAAUGGUGGUACAUUAAUAAUUGCUAUAACCGCAAUCAGCAGCAGUCCGUGUUGGUUGUGUAUGAUGCUGUAUUUAUCGUCCAGUCGUGUCUCGCACAUGCUGGAUGGGAAAGAGAUCAGGUGAUCUCACAGGCCAAAGCAACCUGUAAACACUGCAUAGUAUGCAUUGGAUGAUAGCAGCACUAUAGAGACAAGCUUUAUCUUGUUGAAAAAAUGCCCCUUUGAAUAUUGCAUAAGAGUAGCACCACAACUGGUGUAGUCACCAGUCUGAUGUACAGAUUUGCUGAUGUGUAUAGGAUAACAACUAGAGUGCUGCUUCUGUCAUAGGAAAUUGCUCUGCAGACCAUAACUCUUACAAUUGGUUCCAAGUGCUAAUCUAGCCUCCUUCUAACCAACUUACAAUGAUCAUUCGCACUAAGACAGAAAUGGCUCUCAUUUGAUCUCCACUCUACCCUCCAAUGAGUUCUAGCUUAUAUCACUGAUGUCAGAGACUGCGGUGGUGUGAAGUUAGUGAAUUUGGCCAUCUAUCUCUCAAAUAAUUUAUUUGUUUUAGUUUGCAGUGUCACUCUGUUCUGAUCAGAAGCUCAGAUUGCAGCUGUAGAUGCAGUGUGAUGUUCACAGACCUGCGGUGAGUGUGGUAGUCUCCCCUUUGAGUGGUGGCACGUAUGUGACCAGACCCUGGCUUUCUUGAGACGUCUCCCAAGUUUCAUAUAUCUAGCACAACUCUUUCUUGUUGUUGGGAUUUCAUUAGAGUUUGUUAAUGAAAAGUUCUAAUAAUUUCCAUUUGUUACCAGGAAAGAUAAGAAAUUUUUUGUCAGUUUGCUGAAAUUAACCUCUGGAUGAGUAAAUAUAAUCUUAAGUUUGUGGAUGAAUUCUGUCAAAUAUCAGAAUACAGAUUAAAAGGUAUAAUUUAGUGUUUUUUUAAUGUCAAAGAUGAUGUAAGUAUUCAGUGGAAGAAAUGGUUUUCUGCAUUUUAGUUUUAAAUUUUUGCUUCAACUACAAUCGGUAUAUUUUACACCUAAAGCUUGACCAUUUGACAUUAGAGUAUGGCUUUUCACAAUCAAUAAGUAUACCACAGUAUAUACCCAAUGGCAGCGAACUUGGCAUUAUUUUAUUAACUUAAAUUAUUUUAUGUCACCUGUGCAAAAAUAAUAACUACAUAUAAUGAGCAGUAAUUUUUUUGUUACAGAAAAGAAAAUUAUGCACUUUGUUUAUGAAUUACUGUGUCCACAACAGUGGUUUAAGGAAUGCAUAUUGUUAAAUCUACAGGAAUUAUUUUUGUACACCAUUUUAAACCAAAGUAUUAAAACUUUUUAUUUACCCUAUUGCACUAAAAUAGUUAUAAACUUUAUAUUGUGAGUUACAUGCAAUUUAUACUAUAAUUAUUUAUGAAUAGUCUCUAAAUACUGUUCCUCAUCCCAUUUGUUUCAAAACAAUUUCAUUCACAAACUCGGUAAUAAAAUUUUAAUUUUCUGAGUAAUAUUUUAUAAAUUGUCAUGCGUUAAUCAAAAGUUUGAUAUGAGCCAUUUACAGAAAAACAAAAUUAUUCUUUUUUAAGACUAUAUCAGAAACUGUAAAAAAAGACUUAAGUAAAAAAAAAAAAUUAUAUAAAAUAUGCUAUUAAAGAUUACAUUGCAUUGUGCAAUUAGUCUAUAUAAACCUAAUUAGAUCUUAGUCGGAUAUCAUCUUGAUGGAGAGUAGAGUAUAGCGUUUCUUUAAAGAGUGAAAAACACAUUAAACAUGAUUUUGGGUUCAAUUCAAUGUAAUCCAGUAUUGUCUGCCAAAGAAUCACACCCAUUUUGCUUUUGAUACUUUAACUGCUCGCACAAGUUGCAAGAAGAAGCAUGAAGGUAUAGCAACUCAUAGUUGUUAUGUGAAUGCAUAUACAAAAGCACAUGGUAACUCAUAUUAUGCAAUCUAAAUUAAAAAGCAAAUAAUAUUUAAUUAAUUGGUGGCCUGUUACAUAAGAAGCAAUCAUACUCAUGUAACUCAAAUUCUAAACAUUUCUAGCAUUCUUAGAUCUCACAGAGCCCUCCAUAGGCAUAAAAACUGAAAAUGAGUAAAAAUAUUUAAGCAGUCGAAUACAUAAUAAAUUGAUAAUUUGGAUUACGUAUAUAAUUAUUUUAUGAAGCAAAUUGUAAUUUACACCUUAAUUUCCAAAAUGUACUGUAUUGUUGUAUGAAAGAUACUUUACCUGCAAUUUAUAUUUCAUAUUUUAUUCUUUUAUACAUAAAUGCAAGCUCAAGGUAAUCUGGAUUGAUUUAAUUAAUAAAAAAUAUUAGAUUUGAAA